CAUGGUACGAGGUGUGGUUGUACUAGACCUGCACCAGGUCAUGGAAAGUGCUCAUGCAUCGUUGCUACCAUGGCGCCAGCAUUCCAGCACCAAGGAGGAGAAUCCCGCCGAUAUUGGCUCCACGGAUCACGUUCAUAGCCAGUACCAAUCGAAAUGGUUGCGACUGCAACAAUGUUUGCCGCAUGUGUUUCGCGUUGCGCUCGUGGAUGCCAUCAUCUUCGGUCCAGACGAUGUGCUGCUCGUGCACCUACUACAGCAGCUGCACUCACUCAGCUUUGAGUACCCCACCUCCUUCCUGCAAGACACGAUAGUAUUGGCAGCUACCGUUGCAGCCAGCCUAGGCCACGUGGCUCUCUUGGGAUGCCUUGUACCAUCGCCACGUUUACCUACGAACGCUAUCAUGGACAAUGCCGCUGCCCAUGGCCACUUGCAGAUCCUCCAGUUUCUCGACUCUACCUCACUCGUUUUCCCAUGUUCCACCAACGCCAUGGACUUGGGAGCUCGGAAUGGACACUACGACGUCGUCCGGUGGCUUCACUUGCAUCGACUGUCGACGGGGUGUACGGCUAAUGCGAUGGCGUGGGCAGCUUGGAAGGGCCACGACCGCAUCGUGCGCUAUUUGCACACCCAUCAGCUGAGUAGCCGUCCCGAAUUGGACGGUGGUCGCUCCAUCGAUUUAGCGGCGCAGGCCAAUCGACUACCUAUGGUGCAAUGGCUCCACGGCCACGGCUACGACACCACUGUCGAGUCGUUGGAAGUGGCAGCUCGACGGGGAUUUGUGGAGCUCCUGGCGUGGUUGGUGAAAACGUUUCCAGACAAAUGCACCGUCAAAGUCAUGUAUCAUGCCGCGUCCAGGCACGACGAGGGGAUGGUGCACAUGUUGCAUGCAAACACAGACCCGACGUACACGACAGACGUUGUGAGGUGGGCGCGGCAGCGUGGACACCGUCUAGUAGCCGCAUAUGUUGAAAGCGUAUUGCAACUUGGGAAGGUCGAUCGUGGCCAAAGUGAAGAUGUCGAGUCCAUUUUGCAGGACUUUGACUCCAUUUGA